UAUACUUUGUCUCUAGUUUUUAUUAUCUGUCGAAUAUUCCAAACUCUAUUGUUAAUUGAUCACGUGUAAAUGGUCAGUUUGUUCAUUACACAAUUUACCAAAUUAAGGUUCUGGAAUUCUCGUAUAUUAUACUAUAUAGCGGUAGCUCAUAAUUCGAAGAUUUAAUCUCCAUUGCGUCAGCGUUAAAUCCGAAUAAUAUAGUUACGUGUUUAAUUUGAAGUUAAUCAGCGCAUGGUUUUGUAUGAUUGUAAAGCAUGGCAGCACGAUGAGCCCUAAUCUCUCAAUCAAUAUGUAGCUAAGCUAAGCUACAUACGCAUGUAAUUAUGUACAUAUUCGUUGACUGUUGAAAAAUCUGUUGAUACGUUGCAGGUCUGAAAUUUUUGGUUUAUUUCUACUACAUUAGGUAUUCGUGCUCAGUUAACAUGUGUACGAAAGAAUAAUAUCGCAUCGAUAAAUUAUUUGUCGUAUAUUCUAGAUGAAAAAUGCUGUACACGAGACUCGGCAAAAUGAACUAUUUUUACUCGUUUAUCUUAUCAGCAUUUCAUUGUUAUCGAUGUUGAAAUUUUUCGUAAUAAGUAUCGCCUAUAAUGGCUGACGAACGCUGAAUACGUAGCCGUACGUGUAAUGUAAGAGUAAUUAUCCAUCUUUAUUACAGACUUUUCCCAUUAGAGGUUAGAUCAUUAAGUUUAUAUACUUCUACGUACGUGUAUUUUCCUUUCGUUGACAUCAUCAUUUUCGCGUUCUGUUUGCUUAUCGUAAUUCGUAGAUUAAACAAUUUCAUCAGAUAAAUUCAUCAUAAUGGAAACGUCUGCUGUCAAUAAUUUAUCCGAACAAUUCGACCACCUUGAAUUGGACGCGGAAAGUGACGAAUGCGCGAUGGAAAAAGAUUCGGAUGUGGGAUUUUACGAAACCUUACCCUCCUUACAGCAGAUGUCCUCGAUCGUGAUCGCAAUAAAUUUAUGGCAUCCUAUUGUGAACGACUGUAAUCACGACGAUGAUCUAUAUUUUCACUCCGAACGCGCGGUACAUUUUUUUAACGAGAAAGACGUAGCGGAGGUACUGAAAUUAGCUGACAAAUUACCGCUACCUCGAUCACUUCGUGAACUUGUAGUAAAAUGCAUAGACCCGGCCAAACAAGAGAUGAACGAAUGGUCUCGUUGUUACGCUCAAAGUGUCUUCGGUAAUAGACGCGUCGAUAGCAGGGAAGCGAUUAAACGGAAGGAUUUGAAUUUCUGUUAUUGGUUGCCGAACGGAAAAAUCGAUCACAAGAAAACCGCUUCGAAUAUGUUGUCUAAUUCCAGACUUAGCGUCGCUGAUAAGUUUGAAAUCAUGUGUAAAUAUUGCCUGGAAGACGAGUUCAGGAAAAUUGCCGCCGAAAACUCGACCGAUUUCCUAAACCAAGUUUUCAAUAAAGAUCUUUUAAAGGAGUACUGGCAUCACCAAAUAUGUAACUUGUUAUCGGAGGAGAAGAAGAAAUCGUUGGAAGCUCUGUUGAUCACUACACCCAACGUGGAUACGUGGCCAGCUUUGGAAUAUUUCUGGGAUCGUUUAAGCGUCAGUGAACAAACUUCUAAAGUUUUGGUGCUACUUAAUCGUAAACCGCAGUUUCAAAGGCAGUUGUUUUUAAAAAUGAACGACGAGCAGAGACGUUACGUCAUUUCGAAAAUACCCGUCGAUAUCGUGAGGAAUUUCUGGAAACAAGGAUCUUGCGAACUAUUCGCUUUUCUGAGUUGGAUCUACGGCGUGGAGACGAUGACUUUCGAGCAGUUCGUCGAAUUGAUGGAAGAUCUUCUCGCUAUAAGCUUACCUCAUCAUGCGAAAAGAUUAAGAUACCUGGUGAAAAUGUGGAACUGUUCGCCGACCCAUUUCAAAACACGAGCUGUGCAAUCGAUGAGUAAAAAAGUGGUAUUUUUGCAUACAGAAAUAUGUUGGACUCGAUGGGAAGAUGAUAAGUUUUUGCCUUCGAAUUUUAAUUUCUUACUGGCGUUUUUGUAUUCGGCCAGUGUAGAGUUCAGAAAAGAAAUCUUAUUCGAGAACGUAGAUAAAUUCGUGUUACGUAACGAUUCGCCGAUGAUUCACGAAUUAGUCAACCUGUGUCUUCCAAGUACCCAAGAUGUGGUAGAAUUUAGAAAUUUUUUAACGAAUUCGCUCAAAGUACAAAUCGAUUGUUACUAUUUACUCGUCGGAUCUGUCGACGAUCGCCAACGAUUAGCUAAACUAAUCUUGAAUUAUUUUCCCGAUCCGGACGCCAAAGCUGAUUUCAUUUGCACGCUUGUAUUAUCCAAACUUUGGAGCGACCUUUCGAUCGAUAAUUGGAACGAUGCGAUCAACUUUAUCGAGUCGAACCUCGAUGUAGAUUCUCACGAAGCGAAUAUUCUCAAAACACGUAUCGCGUGGUCAUUCGCGACGACUCAGAUCCAAUUUAAAUGGAGUGAAAAUCGCGUUCGCGAAUUCAUCACCUCGAUCAUCUCUAUUCUCGAUACCGAAGGGUUAAAAACAUACAAGAACAACGCCCUCGAAACAUUUCGAGCCAAGUACGAUUGGUUGAAAUUCCGCAUAGAGGAUAUCGAAGGUUUCCUAAUGUGGUGUUUCGAUCAAGAUAGCCAGCAAAUAACGCAGUUUAAAAAAUCUUUCUCGAUUGAAAAUAUUUUUCAAUAUUGCUGGAGAGAUUCGGAAGGUCAGAGAGCAACGCUCGAAGAGUUGUCUGUUUUGGAUGAAAUAUUGUUUUGGUAUUUUGAAAAUUGUGACGAUGUUAAAGCGUACAAGUUUGAAAAGAUUUGUAAUUUGUUCGAUCGCAACAACUUCAAUAUAGAUGACGAUUUUGCUAGGGAUGUUUUGCCUUGGUUUUUCGAUCGUGAUCCAGUAGAAAUUCACAAGUUCAAGGAACUUUAUAAAGAUGAUCCGAUUUCUGUAAUGAUCUGGGUGCCUGAUAGCGAGACUACAGGUAAUUAGAAAAGUCAAAAAUAAGGUGUUCAUUUUUUUAAACUGAAAUGGCGGGGAAGGUGGCUGGAAUCUCUUGAUUUAGAAUUGCAAGGAAAUUAUACGAAAAACUGAUCUUAUCACUGCCAAUGUUGAUCUAGAAUUUGCAAAAUACACAUGUCCAUAAAAUUUCAGGUAUGGAAAAAACACUUGUGAAAUUUUAGUAGCCUUAUUUUUAUUGAAAACGAGAUCUUCGUCAAUUAUCUUACUAUUGUUACAUUUUUUCCCCUGUUCGGUUCAUUUUGUUUUGUAAUAUUUUUAAUUAGUUAGGCGGAUCGAACGCCUAAAUUGUUAAUAUUUAUACCUACAGAUUGUUUUAAUUUGAGUUUUACUUUUGUUUUUAUUGUUUUUGUUUUUAAUAUCUACUGUUUCAAGUUAAAUGAGAAAAUAUUAUAGAAUUUCAGACAUUGUUAUCAAUGAAAUUCCAGAUUUGGAAAAAACUUGUGAUAUGUAUGUGUUUCAAUGCACUUAUUCGUUGUUGAAGACGAGACUUUGUUGUCUUUUUAAAAAGUUUUUUUGCGGCGCGGCGUUCAUUUUAUACAUUAUUUUUUGCUAGAACGCUCGAAUUGUCAACAUUUUUAUACAGAUUGUUUUAGUUG